CCAAUAUAUUAUAGGUCCGAAAAACAUAACUUCGUCAUCGGGAUGCGCGGUAACCAACAAUAUUCUAUGAGGAGGGCCAGAUGGUGCUGCUGUAGCAAAACGAGGGAGCCUAUCAGCGCAGCCUAUCAGCGCAGCCUAUCAUUGUAGAUGGGGUUGUAUUAUUAUACCGUGCUGUUAAAAUGCUGUAACGGUUUUCAUAAGAAUUCUCGAAGAGAUUAGGUAGUAAAGGUUAUGUUAAUAGUUUAUUGGAAAACUUAGUGAAAUAUUCAAACACUAGGAUGAUUGAUAAAAGUGAAAAGAUCGAUCUGUAUCGUGACACUUCUGUAAGAUAUUUGGGUUACGCUAAUGAAGUUGGAGAAGCAUUUCGACCCUUGAUUCCAAAGUCUAUCGUAUGGUUAAGUUAUAUUAUUUCUUCUGGUUAUGUCUUAGCCGAUACCAUGGAUAAAGGCUAUCGUGUAUAUAAGAUCGAUCAGAGUCCACAGAAGACGAAGCGCGUUGUAUUAUCUACGACAGACACUUUACUAUGGCAAUCAUUUGCAUCCGUCAUAAUACCAGGCUUAACAAUUAACAGAAUUUGUAUGUUAGUACAAUAUGCACAAAAAAGAACAUCGAGCUUAGGUUUAAAGAAUCCUUGGAUUCCAACGAUCAUUGGUUUAGUAUCUAUACCAUUUAUAAUCCAUCCUAUAGAUUAUGCUGUAGAAGAAACAAUGAAUGUUACUUAUAGAAAAUGGAUUGGUCAUUAUUCGAAAUUAGAAAGUAACAAAUUUGAAGAUGACAAGUAAAGAAAAUAACGCAGUGAUGUCCUUAAAGUGCACUUUAAUAUUCGAGUACGAUAAUUAAUUGAUAUUUUUUAUUGCCUUUUGUAAAUUAUCGUACUCUCAAAUGGAUGAAACGUAAUUCGAAUACGUUUAGUAUUUUGUUACUUUGCUAAAGUUUGUGCUUUAAUGCGCAAUAAAACGUAUUGAUUAUUGUAACGUUUACGAAUAGUUUCGUAAUUUCUCCUUUUUAUGAUUCCACGAUAAAAGUUUAUUAUAAUUGUGGUGGUCUCUCACUGGAGAAUUUCAUAUAUUACAGGAUAUUUACAGGAUAUUUACAGGAUAUUUUUGUUGUCUACCCCCUAUUCCUCUCGUGAUAUUUCUAAACUUUUAUUUUGAAUUAAUAUUUUGUCCAGUUAAAUAAAUAAGAUCGUAAUCGUUAAAAGAAUGGAAAGAAAAAUAAGUGUAUAUUAUCGAUUUCAAUGAAAGCUUGCAAAAUCGAA